GGCUUGAGCGAAAUGAUUGAUCCUAAAUGGCUCAGAAUGUUCAAUCAGCAAGAAGUUCAAAUACUCAUCGGUGGCGUCAAUUCCUUGAUCGAUCUCGAUGAUCUACGACGGCACACAAAUUAUGGUGGGCUAUACGACGACAAGCACGAGAACAUUGUCGAUUUUUGGAAUGUUGUCAAUACAUUUGACCAAGAUCAACGUCGCGCAUUGCUAAGAUUCGUUACCAGCUGCAGUCGGCCCCCACUUCUCGGAUUCAAAGAACUCGUUCCUAAUUUUAGCAUUCGGGAUGCUGGCGCCGACCCACAGCGUUUGCCCACUGCCAGCACCUGUAUCAAUCUCCUGAAGCUUCCGAGGUAUCCAAACGCGAGAAUAUUGAAGUCAAAGCUGCUUCAAGCUAUAAGCUCUGGCGCUGGGUUUGAUUUGUCGUGA